GGCUGGAGGCGGGAAUGCAGGUGGUGGAAAUAGCAGUGGAAACACCACUAAGGUCGAAGAAGUGAAACCACAUCCGGUUAUGGAGACCCUAUCUGGUGUUCAGUAUUGCAUUAACACCAAUCCUCCGUUUUGUAUGUCCUUUUUUUUUUUUUUUUUUUUUUUUUCUCCUUUUCUUCCUCCAUAUGUUUCUUUGUUGUAAAAUUUUAUUUCUUGAACAUGUAUCGAUAUCCAGUACAUCUACCUCGAGUCAAAGUAAUAUACGACUUCUAAGAUUUAUGUUAUACAUUACAAUGCAGUGGAAUCAACAAUAUUGGGGUUCCAGCAUUCUUUUUUAACACUUGGGAUUAUUACUGGCGUCUCAACCAUCAUCGUCCCUCAAAUGGGUGGCAACAAUCAUGAUAAGGCAGAGGUUAUCCAAAGCAUGAUGUUUGUGUCAUCAAUCAGCACAUUGCUUCAGACAUUAGUAGGCACUCGUCUUCCUGUUGGCGCUUCUCACACAUUCGUCAUCCCGAUGAAAACAAUAGUGCUCUCCAUGAGUCUAUUGUGUAUAGAUCAACCCCAACCCCCUGAAAAGACAUUUGCAAAUACAAUGGCAAGAAUGCAAGGUGCUUUGCUUGUUGCAUCUGUUAUCCAAAUUAUUCUUGGUUUCUCUGGACUGUGGAGACUCUUUGUAAGGUCGCUAAGCCCUCUGUCAAUGGUUCCACUUAUAACAUUCACUGGCCUCGGGCUUUUUUCCUUUGGCUUUCCCAGGGUAAUUCUUUGUCCUUCACAUUUGAUCCAUGAAUCAUUACGUUACAGGAAUACAUAUAAAAUCAUGUUUAUAUGGAGAAUCAUGAGUAAGUUUAUUUUUUCAACAGUGCAGUUUUGUGUCUUAAUGGAUAAUUAUCUGUUUAGCUGGCAGAUUGUCGUAAAUAUCUGUAUAUGGCAUUUACAGUUUAAAACUCUUUUACUAAGCAUAAAUUAUGCCAUGUUUUGGGUUUUUUUUGGCCAACAGUAUGUUUCCACUUUUCUGAAGACAAACAGGCAGAUAUUUGAUCGAUAUGCAAUCAUAUUUUCCACAGCAAUCAUUUGGGUUUAUGCCUUAAUCCUUACUUUGAGCGGUGUUUAUAACAACAAACCACCAGCAACUCAGCUAAGUUGCCGGACAGAUCGUGCAGGACUCAUACAUGAAGCUGAUUGGGUUUAUUUACCAAGACCUUUUCAAUGGGGGAAGCCAAUUGUAAACCUUAGAGAAGCUACGCCAAUUAUAUUUGCUGGACUGGUUGCACUUGUUGAGAGUACUGGCACAUUUAUAGCAGCAGCACGAUAUGCAAGUGCGACACCAGUGCCUCCAUCUGUAAUCAGCCGUGGGACUUUCUGGCUGGGAAUCGGAACGUUGCUAAAUGGUGUAUGUGGUGCUGUCACAGGCCCUACUGCUUCCGUAGAAAGUGCUGGUCUGCUUGGAUUGACUAGAGUUGGAAGUAGGAGAGUAAUCCAAAUCUCUACUGGAUUUAUGCUUAUUUUCUCAAUAUUUGGGAAACUCGCAGCCUUUUUUGCUUCUGUGCCGUAUCCCAUCAUGGCGGCUACCUAUUGCAUUCUUUAUGCCUAUGUCUCUUCUGCAGGUCUGAAUCACCUCCAGUUUUGUAACUUAAACAGUUUUAGAACAUUAUUCAUAUUAGGCUUUGCAUUCUUCAUGGCAAUUUCCGUCCCACAACACUUCAGAGAUUAUCUUCCGACAUCUAAUUCAAGCCCUAUUUGUUUCGGGGUUUUCUGAUGUCCUGCGGGAGAGUUACAAUUCCGAGACUGGAACCGGACGC